AACACUGAAGAAGAAAAGGUUGAAAAAGAGGUAAAGGCUGCAACCACGGCGAGAAAAAUGCUUGAUUGAAUUUUCACAUCCAUUGAAAGCAGCGCUUCCACUCUCGCCAAGUUACCGAUACCAGCGCAUCAGAGCUCGCGCGGUUGGAUGAAAAUUUGUGCCAUAGCUACGCCAUUCUUCCCAUCGAUGAAGAAGGAAAAAGUAAUUUGGCCGUUCAAUCGCGUUUUAUAGCCGUGAAAUUCAGCGUAUUAUCAAUUGGGACUAUGUAUCAGAUACCUAUAUAACUAAAUGUGUUAUUGUUUAUGCAAUGAACAAUAAAUGCCGAGAUCAUUUCCAGUGAGCCAGUAUAUUUCCCGUCCAAUCGCAGCGAACAGAGCGGACUCUUGCACUUUCUGCCCGAGGCGAGGAAUCUUUUUCAAUGAAAUAUUUGGAUGUGUCGCCUGAACUUCAUUUGUAAACGUAUGUGAAAAGGACGAGGCGGUGUGUGUCAUUGCAGUGUGUUGAACAGGCCGGGAUACUUAGUUCAUCGCAUUGUUGGGUAUAAAAGCGUGGUGUCACAUGGUUUAAAAGACAUUUCUUUCUUGUGCGCUGGUGUGUGGCGGCUUAAACAAAAAUGUGGUGCACACCUCAAAAUGUGUGACAAAAUUUAGACGUAUAGAUUUCACUCUGGGAUAUACUUGUAUUUGUUGUUAGGUUUUCUUUUUAUUUCUUAAAUUUCACGUGUGUUGUCAAUGAACAAAAUAUGGAGGCUCCACCAUGGAUGUUUAUUUUUUCCGUGCUGAUGUCCAUCACGGCAGUGUUCACCUGCACAUUUCCAAAGGAAUGGCAUGGGACGUGGUAUCAGAACAUUUUUGGAGAGCUAUCCAUAUCAGAAACCGAAAUUUCCAGAAAGGGUGUUUGCAUAGAGAAUGUAGGAAAUAAAUACAUUGUUUCAAACAGGGAACAAGAGUGCUACAGGUGUCUUGUAAUAAAUCCUUGGCAUCAGAACGUAAUUCAGUAUAAAGAAAGCUACUGUCAAAGAGAGAAGUCAUUAGAAAUAGCGUGCCGUAGUAUUAACGGAGACUAUCCUCUCCAUACCAUAGUCAAAGUGCCUGGAAGUCCCGUAACAUGUCCAUUCCAGGGAAGAUAUUCCUUUUCAUAUACAUACAACGGAAAGGGGUCCUGCAGCACUCCUCAAUCAGAAAUUCACGCAUGCGCUGAUGAAUCCAAAUUUAAAUUCCUUUACAAAGAAUGCCCAGGCAUACCAGAUACCAAAGAAAGGGAGGUUUAUUUCCAAUGUUUGGCCACUUGGGAGAACGGAGAGAAAUAUUUGUAUGGCAGAUUCAGCGGCUCCGAUAUUUCAGACAGAGUCGAAAUGUACCGAUGUUUUAUGCACAGCCUGUUUGGGUAUGGAGGAGACAUGUCCAUGUCGGCGGAUGCAUCUUGUCAGGGUCUACAAAGCCCCACAGUAGGAACAUCAACAAUGACAUUAGACCGCUACCCAACUCCUGUGAUGCAAUGCAGAUUUCCCAGCAUAUUUGACUUUAAAAAAGUCUGGAGGGACCUAUCGGGCCGAACUCAGUUAGUUGUAGAUGAUCAGAUGCAGGUGAUGAGAAUAAAAGACACAUACCCAAGCUUCUCUCUGAAUGCAGACGAAAGCGGGAGUCACCAGGUCAAACUUGUUAUGCGGUGUAGAACGUCACAUAGUGGAAUCGGGGGUGUUCAGAAGUUCGUUGUACACACUACGACUAGCGAAUGUGAGUCAAACUACAGAUGCGUACAAAUAAAGCAGAGGGAUGUCGAUGGCAAAGUACUAGAGAUGGAGCUCGGACAACCUUUAAAUGAUGAGUUCACAGCUUGUGAUGACAGAACAUUCACGACAGGAGAAAAGCGAAUAUUGAUUGCUGAUGACGUAAAGCCAAGGAAUUGCCCAGUGCAAGGUGUGGGUAGUUUUGGUUUCACUGACAAAACCUCAGACUGCACUGGUGAAUUUAUUAUCGGGUGUAGUUUGCCCCAAGAAAUCGUCAUUAAGAAAAAGUGUCCAAUCAACCUUCAAUCAGUGAAGAUAUGGAGAUGCCUGUCAGACUGGGAGGAGGGUAAUGCACACUACGUCAUAGUACAGUCUCCAAAACUCUUCAAACCUGCCAAAUGUCUGUCCUUUACAGUGACCGACAAUGGCAUUGAGGUACAAGAGGAUGAAUUUUGUAUGAGGAGAACAACAGUCAGUAGGUCGUCCAUCAAUUACUUGUUGUUUCAACCGAGAGCACAUUGCAAUCCGAAUACACAUUCAUCCAUCACAGAGAGUCCGAGUGGUAUGACUUCAGAUCGCUCGAAAACUUUUCCCAACAGAACAGGAACUAAUAGUAUUCAAGGGUCGAAGGGCGUUAUAGAUGCCGAAAACUCCAGCAGAAGACUUUUUAUGUCGUCUGUUAUUUUGUUUCUAUCUCUUGUGACAAUUUAUUUUCUGAUUAGGUGAUAACUGGAAAGAACAUCCCUGAUAUCUGAAAUUGCCUCCUGCUCAAGUGCUAAAACUAGUUGUGAUGUCAUUCCUUUGCCAAUUACGUGAUACAAAGUAUCGGACCAAUCUUGUCAUUUUUUUCUCUAUCUUCAUGUUGGUUCCAAGCCAAAAACAUUACGAGGGAAUGCAUGUAGAACAACAAUUUCUGAGUACUUGAUGACAACAUCUUAAAACAAAUCUGCAGAUUUUUCAGAAAUUAUUUUCUGGAACACAAAUUCCAGAAGUGCGUGUGAAGGAAAGGUUGAUCAAGAUAUGAAAAACUUGCCGCAUCACCUUGCCAAUAGUGCUACCGGUUCAAGGCCGGAAGUGAAAUCCUUGGAACAUAUUCUAGUGUCCAUGGGGAAAAUCUAAACUAUUGUGAUAUAUUUAUAUUUUCGUGCUUUUAGUCCCAUUCAUAAUGGUACUAAGACACGGUGCUAAAUUUAUAUUUGUUGGAUCUCAUUAUUAACCAUAUGAUAUUGAUCUGUAAUUUUCACUUCAUAUGAAAGCUCUGCUUUUGUCAUUCCUACCAUGUUUAUGAAACAUUCGCAUGUAUAAGGAUUAGUGAACUAUAUUGCUACACAUAUUAGAUAUAUCCAAUGAAAUUGGUUUUUAAAAUAUCCUCAUAUGAAAUAAUACUCUGCAAUAUCUGAUAGACAAUACUAGACUACACUGCAAAACAACGAUUAAAAAUAAUUUUAACAUUCCCUGCAUGUAUGAAUGGAAUGUGAAUUAUCUUAAUGUAUUUAACAUCCUCAACAUUCCCAUAUUGACAUAAAAAGACAUUGACAUUAAAAUGGAUUUGUGUGCAAUAGAAAUACAGUACGUAUAAUGUGCGUUAUACUGUAUGUACAUAGGUACAACUGAUGUUGACAAGUUGUGAACCUCUAUAAAGUGCAUAAUAUUUGAAUACUUCCCUAUAUUAUAUGCUGCAAUUACAUUCAUGUUAUGUAUUUUUUGCAACGAAUAAUCUUUAGUUGUUUUUGUUCGCUCUGGUUUGUGCAAGACGAAUGAAAGAAAUGAAAUGAUCGUUAAAUAUUUGAAUUGUUAUUCAUGUGUGUAUAUGUAUAUAUUUCAUUCUUUAUCAAAUUUGCUUACAAUUUAAAUGAUAUCCUUACUGAAUGAUCCAAAGUUGUAAUUCUCCGAUCAAUAUUACAUAUAUAUAUGGUUAUUGAACUGACUUUGGUGAGUAUUGGCCGAGUUGGGUUUAUGGAUUUGUGAUUUUAUUUAUGGAUUUGUGAGCAAAUUUUUAACACUCAACAAUGACUAAUAUUUACCAAUAAAAGUUUAAUGACUCCUUUAUUAUGUAGUUACACUAUAAGUCAGUUGUUUUAUGAUGAUUAUUUAUUAAUUUUCUUGUUCUGGAACAUCAUUGGCACUGAUAAAUCAGUUACACAUAAUUCCAACAUUCAUUCAACUGCAUCGAUCAAUGCUAGUGAAAUUUUUCAGAUUAUGAAUCAUAAUAUUUGCUGCUCCUUAACUGUAUAUCAAAUUCAAAAUAUUACUAAAAUUAAUUGAUAUUUGAUAGGUAUUGAAACCUGCUACCAGAGCUUGCUGAUCUUUGUUUACAGCUAGAUUGCAAUAACGUUAACUUAUACCCGGAACGUUUCUGUGCGGAUCCCAAUAUUUCUUGGGAAAUUGGCAUUCAAUAAUAGCUCAGAUAUUGCAUGCUAAAAUUCUCUAGAAUUUCGGAACAUUUUACCACAUAAAAAUUAGUACAUGUAUUGUACAUAUAAUAUCUAUAUCAAUAUUUGUUUCUCUCCAAUCAAUUACGACACAAAGAAGACUGCGGUAUUAAAAUUUUUGAUCAAUUUGGUCGUUUUUCAAAAGAAUUUUCAAUCAGUGCCAACAAUAUGAAUGAAUACAUUGGAUUAAUGUUGUAUUCUGUUUUGAUGAGGUACACAAAACGUCAUUACUUUCAUUUCUGUUGUUGAAAUAGAGAACAUGAAAUUUGAAAGGAAUGAGAAAUUGAUAUCUUGUAAAAUUGUACAUUAUUAAACAUGAUAAUUAAGAAGAA